AGCGCAUACGCAAUUAAUGGAUACACAUUUUAUACCAAAGAACAGGAUGAUAAAAGUACUAUGCAAAAUAGUGGUGUUACCUUGGUAGCUGAAGCAAUGCACAUAUCAAGUGCGAAUGACUUAAAUCCGAAAUUUGCAAAUUUGUCAUAUUUUGGGGUUAUCGAGCGCAUUUUGGUGUUUGAUUACGCGAAGUUUCAGAUUCCUGUAUUUGGUUGCAAGUGAGUUGAAAAUAAUAGUGGCAUACGAAUGGAUAAGUCAGGAUUUUUGCAAGUGGAUCUCAAUAGGGUAGGGUACAAAGAUGAGCCUUUCAUUCUAGCCUCUCAAACUAAACAAGUGUUCUAUGUCAAUGAUCCGACAAGUACGAAAUGGUCUAUAGUGCUUUUAUCUAACAAAAUAGUUGAUGAAAACAUUGAAGAUCAAGGUGAUAUUGGUGUUGGCAUUGAAUCUUGUACAAGAAACGAUCAAAAUGAGAAUGAAUCUUGUACUAGAAAUGAUCAUAAUGAGGGUAUUUGGAUCAAUCCAACCGUCCACGUUGUUAAGAGACGCGUAGAACACAAUCCUACCAAGAAAAGAAAGAGACGUUAGUGAUAAAGGUUCAAUGGCUCCGGAUAGAGAUGCUCCACCUGAAAACUCACAAGAAAACUCACAAGAAAGAGAUGCUCAAGAAAGAGAUGCUCUGGGUGCAAAUGCUCCACCUGAUACUGAAGCAAAAGAAGUUGCACGAGGCAUCACCAUUAUGAAGGGAAUCGUACGACAUAGAGACCAAGGAUUAGUAUACCAUUUGGAAUGGAAUUCUGAAAACCAACCAAUUGGUCCUAAUUCUGCAAAGUUGACAAACUAUAUUGGUACACUUGUUCGUAUGCAUAUUCCAGUCUCCGUAGCUAAAUGGAAUCUCAAAAGCGAAGAGUUGGAUGCGAAAAAAAAAGCGAUUUGGGACGAGCUUCAGAGGACUUUUGACAUACCAGAUGAUCGUAGACACUACAUACUUAGUUUGGCCGGGAAAAGAUAUAGAGGGUGGAAAGCUUUUUUGACAAACACCUAUCUUAAGGAUAAAGAUGGAAACUUUCUUGAAGAGGCACCGGGACGGCCAAAAAAGUAUGAGAUCUUCAUUGAUGAAAAAGAUUGGGUUGAGUUUGUAAAUCAAAGAGAUGAAGAUUUUCGAAAAAGGAGUGCCACGAAUAGUGCGAGAGCAUCCAAACCCGCGUAUCCAUACAAAAAAGGGCGUUUGGGAUAUGCACGCUUAGAGGAUAAAAUUUUAGAGGAGUCUAAAAGUGAGGAAAUUUCACUUCCUGAACAUGUGUUGUGGAAGGAAGCUCGUGUGGGCAAGAAUCGAGCUGUCGAUCCCGAUGUUCAGAGAGUUUAUGCUGAAUGUGAGACAUUGUCGCAAUCGGUGUCCACCGGUGAGGACCAGGAUGAUAGGAGCAUACUUAGUAGAGCACUAGAUGCUCCUGAGUAUCCCGGUCGGGUGAGGGGUAAGGGUCAUGGUGUGACUCCAACCUCUUUUUACAAGCAUCCUAGGAGAAGAAAUCCUUCAAAUGAAGAAGUGUUGCAAAAAUUGCAGGAAUUGCAAGCACAAGUCUCUGAAUUGCAAAGAGAUAAAGAUAUGUAUAUGAGAGAAAAGUGCAAUACUGCAUCGGUGAAAGAAACUAGUGAUAAAGCUAGUUUCAACUGUCAAAGAAAACUUCCCAAGGGCAUUUCUUUUUGCCAACUAUACUUAUCGUCACCGUCUUAUCGCCUAGUUGGCAAGGGAAAAGUGCACAACACUGUGGGAGAUUUAUUUCACCAUAGACCGCUCCCGGAUGGACACCUGAAAGUAUCGGUGGAUGUUGUAUUAGAUCAUGAUGCGGUGCUACCGGUACCUGACAUGGUCUCAGAGACGACAUUGCUGCGAGAUGCAAUAGGGUCAUUUGUUGCAUGGCCCUCGGAGCUCAUUAUCAUUGGUGAUGAGACUGCUCCUACAAAACCCGCAAUUAAGGGCAAAGGGAUUUUACAGGAGGAGGAGUCUGUUGCAUCACUAAAAGAGGCAUCUGCUCGGGAGUCACAACAAGUGACACAGGUCGUUCGUAGCGUACCGCCUAAGGGUCCUCCGAAGCAAGCGGCAAAAAAAGGUGGUGCUUUUUUCCUCGAUAUCGGACGAGGCUCGGAACACUUGUUGAUAUGUCCGAUUUGAAGGAAGGUGCUCUCCGUCAAAUCAAUAUGGAGGAAGGUAUCUUUGGUGUUGAAUUCAUUUCACAUAUUGCAAUAGAUGACUUGGAAGAGAUUUUUACGCAAGAACAACUAGGCGUCGCUAAUAUGCACUCGUACAUCCGGUUGUUGCAUGACAGAGUGUUGCGCGGGACUGCAUUGUCAAACAGAUUCCGUUUCGUGUCUUCCGCCCAUUGCAGCGGAAUGACAAUUGAUUCGGAACCGGAAUCAGUUAGACAGCGCUUAGUCGAUAGAUUCAUGUCAUCCGGCAAUACAGAAAGUCUGAUUCUUUGGGCGUAUAAUACCCGACCAGUAGGAGCACACUAGUUGUUGCUUGCUAUCAACCCGAUAAGAGAAGUUGUAUAUUUUCUGAAUUCGGUAGAUGAUCAAUACAAGUGUUCCGAAGUCAACGAGACGCACAGGUAUCCCGGACUAAAUCAAACAACAUUACUUGGAUCAAAAUGCAGUGUCCGAUACAGCGGAACAGUUCAGACUGCGGAUACUUUGUUUUGAGGUUUAUGAAAGAAAUCCUUCAAAUGAAUCAAUUAGAGAUUCCAAUCACGUACUUUGACGAAUUCCGUGCUGCUUCUUACCCGAAACUUAAGUUGGAAGAAAUCAAAGAGGAAUUGUGUCAAUUUUAUAUUCAUCAGCUAUUCAUGUAGUAGGAUUUGUGUCGAUUUGAAGAGAAUAUUAUAGUACUCCAGAAUAUAUGGUUACUAACUUUGUUCAUAUUGUUGCCAAUUAAUAUUUGAAGUAUAAUAUUGUUGA